UUUGACGUUGAUAAUCUAACUCGUUAGCUCUUCAAGAUUUUCUCAAUGUAGUGUUUAGGUUUUCAAAAUGUCUUUAAUAUAAGUAGGUAAAUAGCAUAAACACCUAGUACAAUCUUAAAUGACGCCCACGAAGACCACGACAACUGAAGUAGAAAUGGUGAUACGGAAUAGAAAAACUGUUAUGAAAGACGGGAUUAUGACAAUGUCGGGCAUCGGUGAACCUUCGGUUGUGCACGCUCUGGUGGUGAUAUUUUUGGAAUUCUUCGCGUGGGGCCUGUUGACAAUGCCGAUUAUAUCAGUAUUAAACGCCACUUUCCCGGAUCAUACGUUUUUAAUGAACGGCCUCAUCAUGGGCAUCAAAGGAAUUCUAUCGUUUUUGUCUGCGCCUCUGAUUGGCGCUCUGUCGGACGUGUGGGGAAGGAAGUUUUUCCUGCUAGUGACCGUGUUCUUCACCUGUGCACCAAUUCCACUCAUGACAAUAAACACUUGGUGGUUCUUUGCUAUGAUAAGCAUAAGUGGAGUAUUCGCCGUGACCUUCUCAAUCGUAUUCGCGUACGUGGCUGAUGUGACUACUGAGGCUGAACGAUCUCGAGCCUACGGGCUGGUAUCCGCUACAUUCGCAGCAAGUAUGGUGAUAUCGCCUGCCCUGGGUGCUUACCUGAUGAGCAUCUACGGCGAAGCGCUGGUAGUAGUCGCAGCCACCGCCGUCGCGGUGCUCGAUGUAUUCUUUAUCAUGGUGGCAGUUCCUGAAAGUCUUCCUGAGAAAGUUCGACCCAGUGGCUGGGGGCCUGCUAUCAGCUGGGAGCAGGCUGACCCAUUCGCCGCUCUCCGGAAAGUUGGUGCGGAACGUACAGUGCUUAUGUUGUGUGUUGCAGUGUUCUUAUCGUAUUUGCCUGAGGCGGGACAGUAUUCUUGCAUUUUUGUGUACUUGAAACUCGUGAUGGGUUUUGGUGUGGUGCAGGUGGCGAUAUUUAUCGCAAUUGUGGGUGUUCUCAGUAUUGCUGUGCAAGUGGUGCUAGGUUUUCUAAUGAAAUCGCUUGGAGCUAAGCACACCAUAAUGGUUGGACUAUUGUUUGAAAUGCUGCAGCUUAUGUGGUAUGGCUUUGGAAGUAGAACAUGGAUGAUGUGGGCUGCUGGAGUUCUGGCAGCUCUGGGCUCCCUCACCUACCCAGCUAUCAGUGCCUAUGUAUCUGUAAACAGUCGAGCAGACAGACAAGGAGUUGUACAAGGCAUGGUGACCGGUGUUCGAGGCCUUUGCAAUGGCCUUGGGCCGGCCAUGUUUGGAGUGAUAUUCUAUCUAUUCCAUGUUGAUCUAAAUGAAGAUCAUGCUGUACAAGGAGUUGAAGGCCGACCUGUUGAAGAUAAUCUAAAUGAAGAUCAUGCUGUACAAGGAGUUGAAGGCCGACCUGUUGAAGAUAAAUAUGUGAGAAUUGUGCCAGGACCACCAUUUGUGUUGGGAGCCCUACUGGUGAUCUGCGCCCUGCUUGUUGCUGCAUUUUUGCCAGAAGACAAUGUGGUGAAUGCCCGGCGGCCCUCUCCCGACCUACGAUUCGAAAUUGAGCACGGCCGCCGCGUUGCCGGCCCCCUGUCGCCGUUGAUGGCUCCGGAGUCUGCGGCUCUCUAGCUAGCGGCCAAAACUGGCCGAGCGGCCAGUGUGUGAAUUCCAAAGCUGUUAGGCAGCGUGGCAGUGAAGGCAUUUAGAAGGUACCAAAGCAAACUCAGUGAAAUGCGAGUCUGUUCUAUAAACUGACUACAUUCCUAUCUAUCAUCUGAUUAAGUUCCGCUUCGUUACUGUUAAUGUUUUUUAAAACUUUUUACCUGUUUUUGUAAUUUUCGCUGGCUCUUGAGGGCAUGUACAUAUUAUAUAAAAUAAAUAUUUUAAAAUCAUCAUUGUACAAGUCCUCUGUUUCUAAUAUUUGACAUCACACAAUACUGGACAUUUCAUAUACUAAAUGAUAAGAUUUAGCUGUUUACAUCAGUAUUAGUAGGUAUGGAUUGGAUUUGGUGUGUACAAAGUGUUUAGGGAAUUCUUAUGUAGUUAUUUUAGAAGGUCAUUUUAAUUAAAAACCAAAUUUCUUCAGAACAAAAUUAUAAAUAUUUUAUUAAUUGGGUUUAUUCCAUAUUUCAUGUGAGUCAUUCUUAUCAAGGAAUGAAUAAACAAGAAAUCAUUAUAUGGCAUACUUUAGAUAAUAGUAAUUAUAAUAAAUAAAUUGUAAACAAGGUACCCACAGUGAAUCCAUUUUAGAAAAACAGAUUAUUAAUACAUAAAUUUCAUUUAACAUGAUAUAUUAUG